AUGAAUAAAAAUAUAUAUAGUUUAGUUAGAAUUGUUUCUUGUAUCAUUUUGAUCAUAAUAAUACCAUAUUCAACAAAUAAUAGUUUGUUUAAUAAACCUUUUGGUGUAAAUAGAAACUUCAAUGACAAAAAAAAAAUAAAUAGAAGGUGUUUAUCUGAAGGAAUGGGGAAUAGUUAUCCCGGAAUAGAAUUACCUAAUAUUAUCAGCAUUGAAGAAUAUCAAUAUAAUAAUAAUCCAAAUUAUCUAAAAAACCCAAAAAACGAUGAUCAAAAUAAACCAGAGGUAUCAUCAGUAUAUCGAGGAGCCAACGAUAGUAAUUAUAUCGACUACUAUUAUAAAACGCUAAAUAACAAUUAUAUGCCUAAUUAUUAUGAAAAUAAUGAGGUAAUAAAAUAUAACGAGCCAAAGUUUCCUUAUAAUACCAUGGCAUCGGUAUUAAAUUCUGUAAUAGAAGGCACUCCACUAAAUAAGCCAGAGUCACCUUCCUUUGAAUUAGCAUUACGUAAUAUUGGAGAUUAUGUAAUCAAGGAAGUAUUUUCUCCUUCCUUUAUAAAUAAUAUUAUGCCCCUUGGUGGUAUAGUAGUUUUAUGUUAUGUGGCGGGGAUGCUAGCAACCCUUUUAAGGUAUAUGAUAUCAAUUUAUUACUUAGGAAGAUUAUUAAAAAUGUGGUAUAUGAAAGCAUGCAGUAGAACGAAAGGGAAUACCAAUAAGAAGAACCUUCCACCCCCUUAUGAAUAG